GACCACCCAGAGAGGGCAAGGGGGCAGGAGCGGUGAUUACUCGGGACUUACAUGCUGGACAUAAGACUUCCUAUAAAACCCAGUUGCUGGGAGAGCAUGAGCUGGGCACAGAAGUUGAUGAACUGAUUCACAGGACAGAACUGAAAGCUCCGGGCAGACACGUGUGCACGGGUGCGAGAUUUAUAAUAAAAGGGACACUGCCUGGUGGUAGGGAACUGGUGGCCUUGUCAACAAAAGGAGUUGGGUGAACCGGAUCCACAUGGAAAAGAAGUGAAUCCUCUUACUUCACACCAUGCAUAGUGAAUAUCAGGUGAUGGGAGAAGUUUCUAGAAGCUUCAAGACUAAGUUAGGAGAUCGGUGAGGAAUGAUGAGGGCAAAACCCUACCCAUGAGGAAAGACUGAUGAAUCAGCUGCAUUAGAUCCACUAAGAGAGCAGGAAGGCAAGCCAAGGAGUGAUGACAUUGGUAGCAGAGCCCACCCAGUAGGGGACCCAUGUCCAGAGCAGAUGAAAAACAAGAAAGUCAGCAAGAUUGCUCAGUGGAACUGGGGGAAGGACAAAAAAGAAAAAAGUAACAUGCGUACAUCAACAUGACAUAUACACACGUGCACACUUACACCUGAAGACCGAUAAUUAUGUGAGAAGACGCACGGUUUCCUUGGGCUUUAUGACAGUGACAAAAAACCCACAGUGAGAACUGGUGACACUUGUGCCACAGCAGCUCAGAGAAAGAAGGCUGGGAAUGCUAUGUGUCAGCCAGAACAUGAAGCGACUGGACUGGGGGGCAACGCCGCAGUGGCCCACUUAGGCACUACCUCUGGAAAGUUGCUUGGUGUUGUCUACUAGCGCUGACCCUCUGCCAUCCCGACCCAGGAAUCCCACCGCCAGGUGUGCACCCAACAGAGACGCAGUCGGACGCAGAGGUGGCAUGGGGAAGGGGCCAAGUGGGUUAAUCAGGUGGAAACACCCUGUGGGCCUGAGAAACCACGGCCGCACACUGCGCGGCACGGUGAACGUUACAACUGUGGUGAUGACAAGAGGACAGACAUGGAAGAGCAGCGUGCCAUUUACAAACAAGCAGCCUACAGCACGCCUCAUCUGCACCAUGGCCACCCACAGGGGGCUGGAAGGAAGGGGGCUCUGGGAAGCUUUUGUGUUUCCUGAUCUGGGUGGGGGUUCCACUGAGAACUCACUCCCAACUGCAUGCUUUUCACUCAGGCACUUUUCCACCCAUAUGCUGUACUGAAUUGCAGAAGUUUCUUAGGAAGUGUCCCUGUGGGAAGGACACUCAGGACCAUAGGAGCCGCCAAGUGAGGUUAGAGCUGGCAGGGGAGUGGGAGCCCCCAAGUCUUGAACUGGAGGGAAAGCCCGAUGCAUCCGCUUCUACCAUGAGUUGGUUUCUGCCUGUUGGCCUCAAGUUCACGUCCAGAGCCUCUGACCCUGGAUGACAGCGACCAAGGACAAGAAGCAUUCUGACCUCUCUGUGACCACUUCUUUCUCUGAAAACAUAGUCUCUUUGGACUAAGAAAUACACGGGUGAUUGUAGUACAGCUUUCAAGUUAGGAUUAUGUUCCUUUUCUGCCUCCCUGCAUUUGUAUCUUGCUUGACAUUUGGGGGUCCCAGUGAACCCUAGCCCUGGAGUUACGGGCAAGAGUACAGCCCCUUGAAAAGAUGACGGACGUGAUGCACCAGAACGUCUACGACUACAUCCACGUGGACGACCGCCAGGACUUCUGCCGCCAGCUGCACUGGGCCAUGGACCCCCCCCGGGCGGCGUGCGGGCAGCCGCCGCCCGCGGACACAGAGGACGCCGUCCUGGGGAGGCUGCUGCGCGCGCAGGAGGGAGGCGCGGACGCGCCCGUGGACUUCUCGGCCUUCCUGACGCGCUGCUUCGUGUGCCGCGUGCGCUGCCUGCUGGACAGCACCUCGGGCUUCCUGACAAUGCAGUUUCAAGGAAAACUAAAAUUCCUGUUCGGACAGAAGAGGAAAGCGCCGUCAGGGACAGUCCUGCCCCCUCGGCUCUCGCUGUUCUGCGUUGUGGUGCCUGUCCUCCUACCUCCUGUGGCAGAGACGAAAGUGAAGAACACGUCCCUGAGGGCGAGGCACAGGGUGGACGUCUCGGCCGCGACGGACGCAAAGUUGAGGUGCGAAGUGGGCUCCCGCUGCCCCAGGUGCCCGAACGGGGCGAGAGUGGCCGCACAUCGGUGUGAGCUAGAACUCCACGGGCAGCCCAGCCCCUUCGCAGGGAGAAGCAACGGAGAAAACAUUCCAGUGCUCAGGACACAAGCGGACGCGGGACGCUGGGCCCGGGUUCCAGCCAGGGCACCAUGCCUGUGCCUCAGAAGUGGCCCCGACCUCGUUUCUGACCCCGAGGGGGCUGCAGGGGACAGAGGAGGAGACGAGCACGGGAGAGUGCCCAGUGGCUGCUCAGGAGCCAAGGGACGGAGGGAAAUGCACGCCUACAGCUGCUGCUUCGAGGCGCCUGGACCCGUGAAGCCUCUGAGCUGGAUGCCAGGGAAGCACGGCCAGGACGGGGGCACCAAGCUGAAGCCAGGGCCCAGCGAGAGUGUCCCGUUCUCUGGGCGCGCCACAUCCCGAGGCUCCUGCGUGCCCUGCCCAGGCGUUCAGGGCCCCAGCCACGCCAGCGGCGUGACUACUUUCAGAAAUUCACCCAGCUGCCACCCAGGAGGCCAUUCUCCCAGUGCCUACGUCAGCUGCACCAGCAGAGCUCUGCAGGACAGCGAUCAGGGCCAGGUGCGCCCUCCACCCAGCUGCCCCUUCCCCCAGGGGAGCCUGGACAGUGGACUCCCUCAGCCCAGAGGGCAGCGUCUCACAGUGGCAGGCUAUUCCAUUGAGGACACCAAGCCUCGAGGUGGGCCUGUGCCCUCGGGAGCCUCGUGCAACCCCAUCUUGUCACUUGAUGUGCCCAUCAAAAUGGAGAGUGACUCUGGGUCUGACACAGCAGACGGCUACUCCAUGUCCCCAAGCCAGGUGUGGCUGGGAGCCAGUGGCAUGGCCAAGAGACAGACGGUCACUUUCCCUACCAGGAUGCACCUGAAAACAGAGCUGGAAGCCAGGCCCCACCUGUACGCUCCGCACCUGGGGCGCAGCUUGCUGGAGGCUCCCCUGAGCGGCAGGGGUCCCCUCAGAGCUGGGCGGGAGCUGGUCCCCUCCCGCCCCGCACACUGCUCCUGCCUGGGGCGCGCGCACAGCCUUCCUGAGCCAGAUCCUCCCCCCCACUUCUGUGCACAGGGACACCAGCCCCCUGCACUGGGCUGUGACUGCAGAGCUGCGGGGACCGUGCCCAUCGUCAAACGAGAACCCCUGGACUCACCACCAUGGGCCAGUCACAGCCAGGGCAGGGUGCCUGGAAUGUUCCCCAAAAGCGCUGUGGCAACGCUGAUGCCUCCCAAGGCCCCCGAGGGUGUUUUCCUGCCGUAGAGUGGGCUGCUCCCAGAGCCGGCCUCUGUCCACACUCAGACCCGCCCCUCAGCUGGGGCGGCGCGCACGGGAUCCGAGCCUUUCUGAAGGGACACUCUGCGAGGCUGCCCAGUUCAGUCCUCUGUUAGGUGUGGGCAGCGUGUGAGAAGGCAUAAUCUGUUUUUGGUAAAAUGCCACACAGGUACUUAAAUGCAAAGUUCUAAAGUCUGUUCAAGUAGGACAGUAUUUCUCUUUCAAGGAUUAAGGUUUUCACAAAGGGGCCCAAGGGAGACAAGUCGGCCCGGAGGGCAUCCGCCGCUCUCUGGGGGGCAGUGGGCUCCUGGCCGAGCGGCAUCACGCAGUAGCUUCCAGUGCUCCCCACGCCCGCUUCCCAGCUCACCUGCGCUGCCACGGCGGGCCACCCCCUCUGUGCGGGGCACGGCAGAGGGUGGCCGUGACCCUCGGUGUAAGUGACGGAUGUAAUUCUCUCGAGCCAUAGGUGACUGUGCCACCAUUCAUGGUAGGAAUCUGGAAGGUUCCAGGCGAAAGAGCAUGUUUGGGCUGGGUCCCACCCUCUGUGCUAUGUGCAGCCUGGUCCCCCUGACCCCACAGCCGAGUCUGAGGCCUCGCCCAGAGUGGAGACGGGCAGGGCAAUGUCCCGUUCCUCCCACAAGUCUGUCCGGCAUCAUCAGGGGCCUCCAUAGGUGGUCGUGCUACUCGGUGUCUGGUACGUGGCAAAGCUCAAGUUUACAGAGUCCAGGUUUGGAAGCAGAGAGAAGGACAAAGUGUAGAGAAAAGAGGCAGAAGUCAAGUUGUUCGUGGAGGUUGUGUAUCGGUUUUCAAACGAGAGUUCCAAUCGCCACCUAAGGAAGACUCACUAGAGAUAAGAUGGACGGGGAUGUUUUCUAGAAAAACCGUGAAGAUCAUAUGCUCUGACCACAGGGGACCUGAUGCAAAGGCUGACUCAGAAAGCGGCGUCUCCCGUGAUCAGCACCAGCAACGGCCCCUUGUCCCCAGCAGGGCUUUUGGCACCGGCUGUCCUGUCCCAGCGUGCAGCCCACCGCCAAGCCCGCCUGCGCCAUGGUGGACACACUCCUGCCCCUUGGGAACAAGGGCAUCUGUCCCUAAGGUCGCCUUCUGCCAGGAGUCUCAGGAGACGGCAGGAGUCCCCGGGGAAGGACUUGCCUCUCCACCAUUGGUACUUCUGCUCUCCGCGGGGGGCCUUUCGCUCCAGCAUCCAUGGCUUUGGCUCUAAGUCCACAACUGAGCUCAUACACGGUCCCCUUGUCAGAACUCGGGGCUCAGCUGGGAGGACCGGGUCUUGUGGACACUUGGGCACCACCCAGGGUGCCCCUGAACAGGUUGCCAGCUUUGCGGAAGGGUCCCCCUUAUGGGAUGGCAGGAGCUGAAGGCAUCCUCCUGGCACUGGUAGAGAUGGUCACCCUCUGGAGCCCGGGGUUGGGAGUGGUCAGCAUGUGGCCCCCCCAGAGCCAGCCCAGCAGCCUCUCCCUAACUCACCUCCCUGAGGCCUCGCCAAAGGUGACAUUGGUGCUGUACUAUCCCCACUAUCCCCACCAGAGUCUCCCCCACCUGUCAUGAGGGACACCUGCCAGCGACCUCCGGCUGGCCCGGACCCGCCUCACGCAGUUCUUAGGCUGAGCACAGCUACCCCGGCUCUCCGAGACACGGGGCAGAAUCCCAGACUCCUCUUCCUUCCUUCCUAGUCAAAGCCGGCACUUAAGCCCUGGCCCUGUCUCGCAGGGGACCAUGCACCUCCCUGGGCUCCCCAUCUGUGAGGGCAGCGAGCCUCACCCUUCCUCCGUGGAAGAGCCACCCAGUGGGCCCCGGCUGGCUGCAGAACUGUGUCCUGAGAUGCACGGGGUCUCCCCCAAGAGGGAUGCCUGCCUUCCCCACCUCAGGAUACAGCAGAUGGGGAGAAUUGCACGCGUGUAUCGCGCGACCCAGAAAACACAGGACUGAAAAGGUGAGAUUCAGACGCCAUUCCGAGUUUGCACGCCAUAGCCAGGCCACGCGUGACCACAGAUGAGCUCCAGAUGAGAGCCCCAGGGAGAAGUCUCUUGACGCCCACAGUCGCCGCUGCCCUCGAGGCCCCUGGUCCCCGGGCGCCCCUCCCUGCGGGCAGUCGGAUGCGUGGGCCUCAUCCUCUCCCCUGCAGUCGGCAGGCAGAUGGGUCCUGCUGUGCUAACGGAGAAUUCGACACCUGGAAGUCAGCUCUGGGGUCUUGUGUUCUGGAGAUGCCCGCCAUCCCCCUGGGCCCCUUGAACACUCUGGGUCAGCACCCCAAAAUGUCCUUGAGUCAGCACAUGCCCCUCCUAAAAGGGGUUCUGUGGGAAAAUGAUGGAAUGUAGAAGCUGCAAAGUGGUCACUUUCACUCUAAAAUGUCAUUAUCAGUACUAAUGCUAGGCUUACGUUUUUCUUUUGUCUCGUAGCUUUUGCUUAUAUGCUAAAAAGUAUCAAAAUCAAACGUAGUGUGGGCAUGGAUGGACAGGAGGACAUGUACACAAGUUACGGUUUAUACUUUUACAGCUUCUACUAGAGGAAAAAAGUUUCCAAUAUCAGACUGACCUGUUGAAUUUUU